AUGGAGCAUGUGGUUUCUACCGAAGGGAUCCGAAUUGAUCCUAAAAAGAUUGUGGCUGUGCUUGAUAGAAAACAGCCUAAGAACGUAUCUGAGAUUUGUAAUUUUCUGGGUCUUGCUGGUUACUAUCGGAGGUCAGGUUGUGUAUUGAAUGAUUCUGAUCUAAGGCGGUCAAUUUUGAGGGAAGCGUAUAGUAACCUUUAUGCUAUGCAUCCCGGUGGUAGUAAGAUGUAUCGGAAUCUCUGUGAACUAUACUGGUGGCCAAGUUUGAAACAAGAGAAAUGGAAACGUGUGUCGAUGGACUUUGUUAGUGGGUUACCUUUAACACUCACCAAGAAGGAUUCUGUGUGGGUCAUCGUGGAUCGAUUGACCAAGUCUGCCCAUUUUAUUCCGGUCUGCACGGCCUUUACUGCAUUCCAUCCUCAGACCGAUAGUCAAUCUGAUAGGGUGAUUCAGAUACUGGAGGAUAUGCUUUGGAGCUGUGUGAUUGAUUUUCGAGAUAAGGUUAAACUGAUUCGGGAUCGUCUAAAGGCGGCUUUUGAUAGACAGAAGUCUUAUGCAGAUCUGAAAAUGAGGGAUAUCGAGUACUCUAUGGGUGACUUCGUAUUCUUUAAGUGUGUGGGACCGGUUGCUUAUAAGUUAGAGCUAUAUCUAGAGUUGGACCGUAUCUAUGAUGUGUUUCACAUCUCGAUGUUGAAGUGGUAUCGAUCUAAUCCAUUUUACGUUAUCUCUGUUGAGGAGAUUGAGGUUAGACCGGACUUGACUUUUAAGGUAGAACCGGUUCAUAUUUUGGAUCGAGAUAUUAAGGUUCUGAGGAGGAAGUCCAUUCCGUUGGUUAAGGUUCUGUGGCAAAAUCAUGGCACUAUGGAAGCCACGUGGGAACCUGAGGAUUUGAUGCGUCAACAGUAUCCUCAUCUGUUCGGAUUAGGUAAAUUUUGA